GUUCCGACGAUCUCGUACUCCCGAUACGUUUAAAUAGAAGAGAAUUUUCGCCAAUCUCCCCUGUCCUCCCAUGGCGGAGCUCAAAGAGCGGCUCCUCCCGCCCAAACCCUCGUUCGCCACCGCCACACCGGCGGCCUCGAAUCCUCAGGAACCCUCCGCCGCCUGCGCCGGGCACCGCCCCCUCUUCCAGGGCAUGGACUUCCUGGGGCUCAAGAAGCGGGGUCAGGGCCGCCGGUCGUGGAUCUGCGUCGACUCCACGACGGGGGGCUCGCAGGUGAUCGAAGUGGACAAGUUCACGAUGAUGCGGCGGUGCGACCUCCCAGCCCGCGACCUCCGCCUCCUGGACCCGCUUUUCGUCUACCCCUCCACCAUCCUUGGCCGGGAGAAGGCCAUCGUCGUCAAUCUCGAGCAGAUCCGCUGCAUCAUCACCGCCGACGAGGUGUUCCUCCUCAACUCCUCCGACGUCUAUGUCUUGCAGUACGUCGCGGAGCUCCAGCGCCGCCUCACCGCCCACUCUGUGGACGCCCUCGCCGGCGGGUCCACUCCGCCGGACUGCCUCCCCUUCGAGUUCCGGGCACUCGAGGUCGCACUCGAGGCCGCCUGCACCUUCCUUGAUGCACAGGUUGCUGAACUAGAAAUUGAAGCAUACCCUGCAUUAGAUGAGCUGACAUCAAAGAUCAGCACACUUAACUUGGAACAUGUGCGCCGAUUGAAAAGCAGGCUCGUUGCAUUGACUAGGAGAGUUCAAAAGGCUCGGGAUGAGAUAGAGCAGUUGAUGGAUGAUGAUGGUGAUAUGGCUGAAAUGUAUCUUACGGAGAAGAAAAGACGAAAGGAAGCAUCAUUCUACAGUGACCAGUCUAUGCAAGGAUUUGGUUGUAUUGGUGCUGGAGUAUCAGUUUCUGCUCCAGUUUCACCUGUUUCUUCACCACCUGAACCUCGCAAGCUUGUUGAGAAGAACUUGAGCCUUGCUAGAAGCAGACAAGAAGAUAGUAUGAAAAGUUCUGGCAACACCGAAAACGUAGAGGAGUUGGAGAUGCUGUUGGAAGCUUACUUUGUGGUCAUUGAUAGCACUCUUAACAAACUGACCUCGCUAAAGGAGUACAUUGAUGACACAGAAGAUUUUAUCAACAUUCAACUGGACAAUGUUCGGAAUCAACUGAUCCAAUUUGAGUUGCUGCUAACAGUUGCAACAUUUGUUGUCGCCAUCUUUGGGGUUGUUGCAGGGAUCUUUGGCAUGAAUUUUUCAAUAACAUUAUUUGAAAAACCGAGAGCAUUCCAGUGGGUGCUUAUAAUCACUGGAGUGUCCGGUGUAGUUAUAUUCUGCUCCUUCCUAUGUUAUUUUAGAUACAGAAGAUUAUUCCCUUUGUAGGCACGUCGCAGAUAUAGAGGACAGAAACUGAUUUCUCUCAGUGCAAUCUGCUAUGAAUUCAGAAGCAGCAAUUGCAUAAGAGGCCAUCAUAUUUCUAUCCCCUAUAUAUAUACCAUUCUUCCGAGGAAAAGCUUAGGGGAUAUAAGUAAUAUUGCUACUGUAGGAUGAGAGGAUAUAUUAGUGACGCUUCUAACUUUCUUGCUAUAUUUUCAUCUUAACAGACUUUUGCAACUUCUUUCUCCACGGAUCUUGUGGGCAGCAGAAAUUUGUAUAAGUUGGCAUGUCUGGCUUUAAAGGAAAAUUGGGUGAAGUUCACAAAAUUAUAUUAGUCAAUGUUGGCUGAAUAAAAUAGGAUUCAGUGUUGUGCUUCAAUGUGCCAGCGUCUCAGCGGCUUAGAUGAGGUCCCAUGGUCUUGAGAGGCAUUCUGGGUGAGGAGUUUCUUAUUAUAAUUCCAUCGCUGGUUCCGACAUGCUUAAUAGGAGGAUUUCAAUACUCUUCCAAAAAAAAAUUUAAAAAAUGUUUUUGCAGUUAUAUAUUCACCAAAUGCAGUUCUUCCUUGUUACCUGGCAUGGCAGGUAGUGCUUAUAUAUGAAUUCUGUAAGCCCUUACUGUUACGGAGCUCUUUCGUGAAGUUGCUUACUUUCUGCAGCAUUUUUGUUUUUUAAGAGGAUUGCUAUGGUUUUUUCUUUAUCAAAAAGUGGUGAUUCAUCGUUGAUUAUUUGAGGAAGAUGAAUGGCUGGCUAAUAUCGUGAAUUUUUGUUUUAAUAUAUCAAAAGUAUUUACUCUAGAGAUUUGUAAAGCAGCCUUUACACACGCAUAAAUAAAGAAAGAUCUUUAUCCCUUCAA